GGAUUUUCUGGGAGCAGCCUAUCGGAGCGGGCACGGGCGGCGGGCACGCGCCUGAGGAGGGCUAGGACUGGGGACUGGGGAGAGAGAUGUGACCGGAGGGACCCUGCUUGUGUCCUCCGCCCCGAGGCAGGCGACAUCCCUCUGCUGAACCGGAGGAGCCGGCGCCGCCGCUGCCAUGGCGGAGAAGGGGAGGCUCAGCUUCCCGGGAGCGCUGAACAGGCCGGUGCCCAUGAACUUGUUCGCCACUUGGGAGAUUGAUGGAUCUAGCCCCAGCUGUAUUCCCAGGCUCUGCAGUCUGACUCUGAAGAAGCUUCUAGUUGUGAAGGAGCUGGACAAGGAGCUGAUUUCAGUAGUCAUUGCUGUGAAAAUGCAGGGAUCCAAGCGCAUUCUUCGCUCUCACGAGAUUGUGCUGCCGCCUAGUGGACAAGUGGAAACUGAUCUGGCCCUGACCUUUUCUCUGCAGUACCCUCACUUUUUAAAAAGGGAAGGAAACAAACUACAGAUAAUGCUGCAGAGGAGGAAAAGGUACAAGAACCGGACCAUCCUGGGGUAUAAGACGCUGGCGAUCGGAUGCAUCAACAUGGCCGAGGUCAUGCAGCAUCCCUCUGAAGGAAGCCAAAUAUUAAGCCUCUUUAGUAACCUGAAGGAGGCCUCUGCCAAGGUGGCCGAAAUCUGGAUCUUCUCACUCUCUAGUCAGCCGAUUGAUCAUGAAGACAGUGCCAUGAACACCAGCCAGAAGAUAAAGUCCACAGAUAAUUAUUCUGAAGAAGAGUAUGAAAGUUUUUCUUCAGAGCAGGAAGCAAGUGAUGAUGCCGUACAAGGACAGGAUCUAGAUGAUGAUGAAUUUGAUGUGGGGAAACCAAAGAAGCAGCGAAGAACGAUAGUAAGAACAACGUCCAUAACUCGGCAGCAGAACUUCAAGCAGAAAGUCGUCGCCCUGUUACGAAGGUUUAAAGUGUCUGAUGAGGUGCUUGACUCUGAACAGGAUCCGGGGGAGCACGUUCCGGAAGUCGAGGAGGAUAUGGACCUACUGUACGACACCUUGGAUAUAGAAAACCCCAGUGAUAGUGGACCUGAAAUGGAAGACGACGACAGCGUCCUCAGCACACCCAAGCCAAAAUUAAAGCCUUACUUUGAGGGUCUUUCACACUCCAGCUCUCAGACGGAGAUUGGGAGCUUGCAUAGCAUCAGAAGCCAGAAAGAAUUGCCAAGCCCUCACAGCAAUGUCCACUUUGAGAAACCUCACCGUGACCUCCCUCCGUCUGCGAACACUGACUCCUCACCAAAAUUCCAUUUAUCUGCUCAGCUUGAGGAUCCUGAAAGACGGACAUCCCUACCCAAGCAUUCGCCUGAGAGCACAUCUGACACUGCUUCGGUGGAUACCUCUCAGCAGGAUGCACAGGAUAUUGAACUUUCCACGCUGGAUGUUUUCGUGGAGAGGUUGCCCCCAAGCGGAAAGAUAACGAAGACCGAGUCCUUGAUUAUUCCUUCUACUCGGUUGGAAGGAAAGCAGACAGGACGACGUGGUAGAAGCACAUCUCUGAAAGAAAGACAAGCAUCUCGACCUCAGAAUGAGAGAGCCAACAGCCUCGAUAAUGAGCGUUCACCAGAUACUCGGCAUCAUCUCCAGAUCCCAAGAAAAACUGUAUAUGAUCAGCUAAACCACAUCCUGGUUUCCGAUGACCAUCUCCCUGAAAACAUUAUCCUUAUAAACACUUCAGACUGGCAGGGCCAGCUUCUUUCAGAUAUCUUACAAAACCAUGACCUUCCUUUAGUGUGCACCUGCUCUUCAGCAGAUAUUCAAGCUGCAUUUAAUACAAUAGUAUCCAGAAUACAGCGAUACUGUAAUUGCAAUUCGCAGCCGCCAAUUCCUGUAAAAGUUGCAGUAGCGGGAGCUCAGAAUUACCUCAGCGCUGUGCUCCGACUCUUCGUGGAGCAGCUGUCACACAAGACUCCAGACUGGUUAGGAUACUUGCGCUUUCUCAUCAUCCCCUUAGGUUCUAAUCCUGUAGCUAAAUACCUGGGCACUGUGGACUACAAAUACAACAACCUCUUCCAGGAUUCAGCUUGGAGAGAACUGUUCACAAAACUGGAUGCACAAACCGCAGAUGUUUCGCUGCUGUCUACAAUACAGGACCCGUCAGAUGUAGUUUCGCGUGUUACACAGUACAUUGCUGGAGCAAACUAUGCACAUCAGCUGCCUAUAGCGGAGGCCAUGUUGACUUACAAACAGAAAAGUCCUGAUGAGGAUUCCUCACAGAAAUUCAUACCUUUUGUUGGUGUGGUAAAAGUUGGUAUUGUGGAGCAGUCGUCUGCAACCUCCGGAGAUUCAGAUGAUGCUGCUCCGUCCGGCUCCACUGUACUGUCAUCCACUCCCCCCUCUGUGUCGCCAGCUAUCAAGGAAGCCUCUCCGACUCCUCCGUCCUCUCCUUCUGUUACAGCUGGAUUUUCUUCGCCCAGCCAAAGCCCUGGGGGUGAACUCAUGGGGCUUCAGUUGGAUUACUGGAUAGCAGCCCCGGUCACUGAGAAGAAGAAGGAGGCUGAGAAAAGGGAAUCUACAUCCGCUAAGAACACUUUAAAAUGCACUUUUCGCUCGCUGCAGGUCAGCAGGCUCCCCAACAGUAACGAUGUCCCCGCUGCUCCCACCAUGUCCAUGACCGUUGUCACAAAGGAGAAAAACAAAAAAGUUAUGUUUUUGCCUAAAAAGACUAAAGACAAAGAUGUAGAAUCUAAAUAUCAAUGCAUUGAAGGAAUCAGCAGAUUGAUUUGCACAGCGAAACAUCAGCAGAACAUGCUCAGAGUGCUCAUUGAUGGUGUCGAAUGGAACGACGUGAAGUUCUUCCAGCUGGCAGCACAGUGGUCGUCUCAUGUCAAGCACUUCCCCAUCUGUAUAUUCGGACACUCAAAAUCCAACUUCUAGCCUUUUGCUGCAGAGGUCGUCUUUUCAACACUACUUCUCAAAAUCCUGGGUCUCUGGAUAUCACACACUAACUUGUGCCAACGACUCUUUCCAGCAGAGAACCAUCCAGUUACUCCCUUUUGCAUCUUUUUUUUUUACUAUUGUGUUAUUAUUGCUCAAUUUAUUUAAAGCUAAGCUUGAAGUUACAUUUUUUUUUUUUUUUUUUUUUUUGUAUUUGUAAUGUUACAUCCGAGGGAGUACAUUUUUUUUAUUUAAAAAAAAUAAGGAAACUGAAAAGUCUUAACUACACUCUCAGCAGAAAAUGUUGGUACUUUAAAGGCUGCAAAAGCAAAUGCACUGCUUAUACGGUGUUACAUGAUAGAUGAAUAACUAGUGUGAGUGAUGGAUUAAAGGGAACCCGUCAUUAAAUUGUGGUUACUACAUAGAGCCAGUUUUCCCUAUGUGCCAUGCAGUGAGAGCUUCUGCACUUGGCCAUAGUAAUUCUAGCACAAUGCACUAUGUAAGAAAAAAAUCUGACAGAUUCUCUUCUUUACAUAGCUGUAGAUGAGGCAUGUGUUCCCUUUCUCAAUGUAAAAGGCCACCCAAACUGUGUAAUACACAGAGGAUGUAGCUGAAAAAACAGAUAUAGAUAUAUAUCUUUCUUGCUGCCCGCAACCACCUCUAGAGGGUGCUUAGUGGAUACAGUUUACACAUUGAGCUCAGUAAUAUAACCAAAAUCUCUUGAGAUCAUAGUGGCAGCUAAAAGGCACUACUGAUGAAAUAGAAAUAAAAAAAACAUUUUCUAUGUAGAGAACUCGGCCCAAAAAAAUAAAUGGAGUCUAAUGAGAUAUUCCAGUUUCAUGUUCUAAGGCAGGCAUCCUCAAACUGCGGCCCUCCAGCUGUUGUAAAAUUACAACUCCCACAAUGCCCUGCUGUAGGCUGUUCGGGCAUGCUGGGAGUUGUAGUUUUGCAACAGCUGGAGGGCCGCAGUUUGAGGAUGCCUGUUCUAAGGAUAGGUUAUCAGUUUCAGAUUGAAGGGGCCAUGGCACGCCGCAGCCCCUUCUAACUGAUAAACAAGGGUGCUGAGAGUCGACCCUCCACCAAUCUAAAAUUGAUGACCUAACCUCAUCGAUUUUAUAAAACCAGAAUACCCCUUUAAGGCCUUACAAUAUAUUCUGAAAUUAUUCGGCACAGAUAUUGGACCUAAAAACAUUAAAAGGGAUUUAGAAGAGGAAAUAAUCCAAAUACAUGGGAACAGUGACCUCUGCUACCGCUGUGUGAAUAAGCAUACGCCUGAUUAUAGGCUGUGGGGAUAAAAAGCUACCCCUGUACGUGGUGUGACCGAUCCUCUGCCCGUUACAUUAUCUGUGCAGGCCAUUACAUGGUUUAACACUGAAAGAAGCCACAUACCUUACUGCCUGGGUUCAAGCAAAAGGACAAAUUGGUCAUUAAAAUCUAAAAAAAUACAACUAAAAACUCUCCCCCUAUUUAUACUUCCUAUAUUUAUAUUUAACAGUGUGAGGGUUUAUUCAUAGAUGCAAAUGUCAUUCAUCUGUCGACAAAACCACUGAAUUCCUUGCGCACACCGAUUUACACUCCACUUCGUAUAGGGUUAGAUGUAGCGGUAGUUUGUACAUUAAGGCUAACACAAGAACUCACUCUCUUGGUACGAUUUGUGGGUUCACAUUUAAUAUUUUCAGAUCUUCCUCCCCGAGUAUGGACGUUAAACAUCCCGAUAACUCACCUGCUCAUCGUGGAGCCUUCGUGUUGAUUCACGGGUUUGCGUUGACACGUGUCCUGGCCAGCUUUUUAGGAAUUGCUCAUUUGAAUGUAAUACGGCAAUCACGCCAUUGAAUGACUUGCAUUUCUGAAAGAGCGGACAUCUAGAACUUAACGAUGUGAUUAACGCUGUACGUACCAGAGCUUUUACAGAAGGAUUAUCACAUAUUCCUUUAGGGUUGUAGUGUGAAAGGCCAUGGGUAUGGUACAGACAUGUUCUUGGAUGUGUUGCAGUGUGAUUUUCGAGCUGACAAAGUCUAACCCACCAGCACUUCCAAAAUUUCUGCUAAAGGGAACUAAACCAUGAUUGUCUGGGGUAGAAGAAGAAUGUAAAAACAUGGCUGCUUCCUUUCCAAAUCGACGCCUCCCCUGUCCAUGGGUUGGGGUCUGGUGCCACUCGUUCUGAAAUAAAGCAGCCAUAUUUUUAAUCUUGAUCCACCCCAUAACUUUAUUUCCAUUGUACUUAAGAGCAGAAAAUAGCACAUUUUAACCACUCGCUGGAAUCUUCCUAGCAGUAAGUGUGAGAUCACACUGCAAAUCAUCCACGUAUUCAGUUUACCCGGAAUACACUUUUUUUUACAGUGAUGGAUGACUAGUUAGGCUGUUGUAGCAGUAAAGGGGCAAAAACACCUUUACACCUAAAAUGUUCACAUCUCCCAUAAAUAUCUCUGAAGUUGCUUCCCUUUGAAUAAAACUUACUGACAAUA